GUUCAUAGAUAAAAGUCAACAAUAUAUUGAGCCGACGGAAUAGUAAAAUUUGAGACUUUUGGACAUGGCGGCGGCGGUGGGUCUGAAGCUCCUGCAAGUAGGCACUAAGAUCGUCGGCGUCGGAAGGAACUACGUCGCUCACGCCAAAGAACUCGGCAACGCUGUUCCCAAGGAGCCUGUAUUGUUCCUGAAGCCGACAUCGUCUUACCUGGAACCGGGCGGCACAAUCGAGAUUCCGCAUCCCCUGGAGUCGCUCCACCAUGAGGUUGAGCUCGCCGUCGUGAUCGGCCGGAAAGCUCGCGACGUCCCCGAGGCUACCGCCAUGGAUUAUGUCGGAGGUUAUGCACUUGCUCUGGAUAUGACCGCUAGGGAAAUUCAAUCUGCAGCAAAGUCUGCAGGUCUUCCGUGGACAAUAGCUAAAGGGCAGGAUACCUUCACCCCAAUCAGUUAUGUUCUGCCCAAGGAAUCAGUACCAGACCCCGACAAUUUAGAACUAUGGUUGAAGGUAGAUGGUGACAUAAGGCAGAAAGGCUCUACCAAGGAUAUGAUAUUUAGGAUUCCGUAUCUCAUUAGCCACAUAAGUUCUUUCAUGACACUUUUUGAAGGAGAUGUCAUACUUACAGGCACUCCCGAAGGUGUUGGCCCAGUAAAAGCAGGUCAAAAGAUCACUGCCGGUAUAACAAACCUUUUGGACGUUAACUUCAAUGUUGAGAAAAGGCGGAGGAAAUAGUUUGUCUACCGUUGGGCUGGCCAUGUCAUUUGCUUCUUUCUGUUGGUAAUAUAUCAUUACUAAUGUUAAAAAAGCUUAUUCAGAGCUCUCUUUUUCAUGUCAUGUUGCCUCGCAAAUAAAUUGUACACUUGUGGAUUUAACAUGCAAAGGUUAGUUAUCAAGUGCAGAACUUUCCGUCAUUUAAAA